GCCCAGGUUAUAACACCCGGUGGAGCUUGGACGUUUCCUGAGCUGAGCUGGGAGGACGAAGACGUUUCCGUGAUGCAACGGGUGGCGGCGGGUGCUGUCUUGGGAGGAGUGACGGCCGUAGCGGCCGUGCCCGUCGUGCUGGGCGCCGUGGGCUUCACCGGGGCCGGGAUCGCCGCCUCCUCGCUGGCGGCCAAGAUGAUGUCCGCGGCUGCAGUCGCCAACGGGGGCGGGGUCGCCGCCGGCAGCCUGGUGGCCACGCUGCAGUCCGUGGGGGCAGCUGGACUCUCCACGUCGUCCAACAUCCUCCUGGCCUCUGUUGGGUCAGUUUUUGGAGGCUGGCUUGGAAGUUCAAAAAAGGCAACUUCUUCCUCCCCCCCAGAAGAACCCGAGGCUGAAGAGAAAGAGGCAGAAGAAAAUGAAUCCCAAGUUGAACCUCCAAAACCCCCAGUGGGGUCAGAGAAGCAUGAGAAAUAAAGAUCAUGUGCAGACACA